CUCCAGCAAAGCUAUACAAAUGAAGAUAAAGUACGCUUAAAGUCAAAUACUUUCAUGCCAGCCAGGCUUUUACAAAGCUUUUGCUGGAAAUAUCAAGUGUUCAAAGUGCCCCCCAAAUAGUUUAAGCUACGGAGAAGGUGCUGCAGUCUGCCGAUGUGCAGUUGGGUACUUCAGGGCCGGAAAAGAUCCUCCAACAAUGGCUUGCACACGCCCUCCAUCCCCUCCACGUAACCUACUUUUCAGCCUCAAUGACUCAUGUCUGAUGCUGGAAUGGUCACCCCCAAGUGACACUGGGGGUCGCAGAGACCUCACCUAUAAUGUCCAAUGCAAACGCUGUGGUCCAGAGCCUGACCAGUGCCACCUCUGUGAGGAAGAGCUGCGUUUCCUGCCACAACCGUUGGGCCUGACUACCGCCUCAGUUACCGUCAUGGGCUUUUCCGCGCACGCUAAUUACACCUUUGAGAUCGAAUCACUCAACGGCGUUUCAGACAUGAGUUCAUUUCCUCGACAGGUCGCCAUCAUUACAGUCAGCACUGACCAGGGUGGUCCAUCACUGGUGGGGUCUCUAAAGAAGGACUGGGCCUCUCCCAACAGCAUUGCUCUCUCCUGGCAGCAGCCCAAAGAAACAACGUUGCCCAUCCUCGACUAUGAGAUCAAAUACUAUGAGAAGGAACAUGAGCAGCAGAGUUACUCUUCAACAACCACAAAGGAUCCUAGUGUGAUCAUCACAGGCUUGAAACCAGCCACCUGGUAUGUCUUCAGUGUCCGUACCCGCACACCAUCUGGAUACAGCUCCUAUGCAGCCAGAUAUGAAUACAAAACUACUGGAGAUUCAUCAGACCUGGCCUCUGACCAAGGUCAGGUUUUGGUCAUCGUUACUGCUGCAGUUGGUGGCUUUACCCUCCUCAUCAUCCUCACCCUCUUCCUCCUCAUUACAGGAAGGUGUCAGUGGUACAUAAAGGCGAAGAUGACCUCCGAGGAUAAGAGGAGGACCAAUUAUCAGAAUGGACAUGUUCCUUUCCCUGGGAUUAAGACCUAUGUGGACCCUGACACUUAUGAAGACCCUGCGCAGGCUGUCCAUGAGUUUACCAAGGAGAUCGACCCAUCUCGGAUCCGCAUUGAGAGGGUGAUUGGAGCAGGUGAGUUUGGAGAGGUGUGCAGUGGCCGCCUCAAAACGCCCGGGAAGAAGGAGAUUGCUGUGGCAAUAAAGACACUGAAAGGUGGCUAUGUGGAGCAUCAGAGGCGGGACUUCCUGCGCGAGGCUUCCAUCAUGGGGCAGUUUGACCAUCCCAACAUCAUCAGGCUGGAAGGCGUCGUCACAAAAAGCAGGCCUGUAAUGAUUGUGGUGGAAUAUAUGGAAAACGGAUCAUUGGACUCAUUUUUGAGACAACACGAUGGUCACUUCACUGUCAUUCAGCUGGUGGGCAUGCUCCGUGGCAUCGCCUCAGGAAUGAUGUAUCUGUCAGACAUGGGCUACGUCCAUCGAGACCUGGCGGCUCGAAACAUCUUAGUCAACAGCAACCUGGUGUGUAAAGUGUCAGACUUUGGCUUGUCGCGAAUCCUGGAGGACGACCCUGAGGCUGCGUACACAACAACGGGUGGGAAGAUCCCGAUCCGAUGGACUGCUCCAGAGGCGAUUUCCUACCGUAAAUUCUCCUCAGCCAGUGAUGCGUGGAGUUAUGGAAUUGUCAUGUGGGAAGUGAUGUCCUACGGGGAGCGGCCGUAUUGGGAGAUGUCGAAUCAGGAUGUGAUUCUGUCAAUCGAAGAGGGCUACCGGCUCCCUGCGCCAAUGGGUUGCCCUGUGGCACUCCACCAACUGAUGCUGCACUGCUGGCAAACCGAAAGAAGCCAUCGGCCCAGAUUUGCCGAUGUGGUCUCUUUCUUUGAUAAACUCAUUCGCAACCCCGGCACUUUAUUGCCUUUGGUAGAGGACAUUCAGAGUCUACCCGAGUCUCCUGUGGAAGAAAUGGACUACCCACUGUUCAUCUCGAUUGGCGACUGGCUGGACUCCAUCAAAAUGAGUCAGUACAAAAGCAACUUCAUGGCGGCGGGCUACAACACGUUGGAUUCUGUAGCGAGGAUGAGUAUUGAAGAUGUGAGGCGAAUCGGGGUGGAUCUGAUCGGCCACCAACGGAGGAUCAUCAGCAGCAUACGGACCCUCCACCUGCAGCUACUGCACGAACAGGAGAAAGGCUUCCACGUAUGAGGUCCGGCGGGACCGGCGCAUUUUGACGGAGUGGCUGGCGGUCAAGUCUCGACUGAGACAGAAACGCUUUCUAGCGGAAGCCAUCUGACUGGACAUACUGCCUCCUUGGCUUUCUUUCUCCUUCAGUAGUGACGGACACCUUUUUCUACUACGCACCCCUUACCUGGUAAACCCGGUCUGGCCAGAGUAUUUUUAAAACGCCUGAUAAACUUUACAUUCUGGCUCAGGCCCUCAUUUAGGGGAAUGUAAUGCCUUGUUACAGCUUCGGUAUUUUCUGUGUGGAGGAAAAUUAUAUUAGAUAUGUAGAUUUACCAACAUAAUCUACUGAAUCUUUGGAUUUUUUUUUUCAUUUCUUACUCAUGUAGCGACUCCUUGCUGUGUAAAAGAUGUUUUUACCUUCGGGGGAGGGGCAGGGGGAAUAUACUUACCACUUUUCAUUUUGUAAUAUGAUCAUUUAUCAUGAAGGUAGGUACAUUUCUUGAAUUUCUCUCUUUCUCCAGAGAGUCUUGUACAUCAUACUUGAAGAAAGUGGUGAGAUGCAAAAGUAAAGGAGAUUUCUUGAAUGUUAAAGUGUAUAGACAACUAAUCAGUAAUUAUUAUCAUAACCUUAUAUCUAUAUAUGUGCAGAUCUGUAUGCCCUAGUGAAUCUCUACUUUAUUUCGAAUGGUAUUUAUUUAUGUCAGUUCAGCAGUAAUCAUGCAAUCACAGAGAGAAUAAUUGUGCAAUGGAAGACUUAAAAACAUGGCGCUCUCGCACCAUCCAUAUUUUUCGCAAAACACGAUUUGUUGCCUUCACAUGGGGAGAAAAAAGAGAAAAACAGCUAGGACAAAGUCCAAAUUAUUUGAAAGAUGGAUUGUAAGAGAUGCCCUACAGAACAAUCACCACUGUCUUAACAUAUGAAUGUUCACUUCACUCAUAUAUACAGUAUAUUAUUUCAGAUGAACAAAUGUAUUAAAUAGAAUUUUAUGGUUCUUAAGAAUUAUUAUGAAAAAUGCUUUUAGUAAAAGGCAUCGUUGAUUUGCACACACGUGAUUAGUGGCAGUCGGGUCAGAAGUUAAAGUGCUGCAUUCUUUUAGGCCAAUGUGUGCUUGCCUUGUGAUCAUGUAAAGGUUGUGGAAUUUGUGGCAGUAUAGGACUCAAGUGUACAUAAAAAGUAGUCUGAAAUGAAAACUUUUGGAUCUGCAGUAGUUGAUGUCAUGUUGUCCGAUGUUUGCCAUUGAAAUUAUUUAUCUUCAUUCUGGGAAAAAAUGGUAAACAUGGGGGGGUGGUAUAGAAUAUGAACUUUAUAUAGAAAUCAAAGCCUUCUUGGUGGGAUUAUCGAAAUCCGUGAGACUGGCAGCUUUUCAAAUUUAUGACUACGUCAGCAGAGAGAGCACCGACAUAACGGCAGCAUCCUAAUUUCAACGUGUCCUUCAAAUAGCGAAAGUAAAAUGCACACACAUGAAUGCCUUACAACGCUCUGUUCACAUUUCCGUAAAUAUAUUUCAGUGGAAUCAAAUGAGCCAUCCGUCUGUCCAUUUCCUGAGCUGCUUAUCCUCAUAAGGGUCGCGGGAGUGCUGGAGCCAGUAGGCGGGGUAUACCCUGAACCGGUUGCCAGGCAAUCGCAGGGCACAUGGAGACAGACAACAGUCGCACUCACUUUCACACCUCGGGGAAAUUUAGAGUCUCCAAUUAAUUUUAAAUGAUCAAUUCCUUAAUUAAGAGGUAGACAAUAUCUAUAAGAGUGACAAAUAACUAGCUCUAGAGAAAUGCUCCAGUCAAAGUCACAGUAUGGCUCCAGCUAUCAGCUCUGAGAAAGUUACACACACACACGCCCACACACAGUUAUACAAUACAGUAUAUACAGUACAUGACACGCACUGAAAACCCUCUGAAGUCAAAGGAGAAUAUCAGAUGCUGUUUGUGAAGCAUGUUCUACUGCUGAGCAAUGUUAGGAGAUUCUUUUGUACAAAGUACAAGUAUACUAAUAAUUAUAAUUCUUGCAUUUUAUUUUUUUAUAAUUUCCAAAGAGAUGUUGUAGAUCUUGCACACUGUAAGAGGCUGUUACUGCAGGUAUUUAUUUGCAAAAUAAAGGUG